AUGCCUGCCCCGGCAUAUCCCCUCCCUCCAUCUCUGCCCCCUCUCCAUCUUUAUCGCCAUCUCCUCCGUGAAGCUUCAUAUCUCCCGCCCGCUUUCCGAGCCACCAUCGACUCAACCAUCCGGACCAGAUUCCACAAGAGCCGCCAGGAUGGAAUGCACACCAAGAGCCGGCUGGCCAAGGCCGUGUCGACGCUUCGGACCUUGCGGGCUGCCAACAGCGGCGCCAAGAAUGCCAUGCAGAGCUUGAUCAUGAAGGGAUUUGGCAGAACCGGAAGCCGAAGACGGCAGCUUGUGGCGCACCUUGUCAAACCACAAGGUCCUAGCGACACCCAGGCCCUGGAGACAUUGAUGGAGGAUCAGGCUGGGAAAAAGGAGAUGCAAGCACAAUCAGUGCCGCCGGGCGCCUCGAAUGCGAGGCUGGCACGCAAGCCAAAGAAUGAUUUUUUCGAGAAAUGGGAUCGACCCAAGCUGUUGAAAAUUCUCGAAUCGCAGAGGCGGCACCAGAAAGUGACCAAGGGCACAACCAGCUGGCCUGUAAUGGCCGUGAGAACAACCGAUCCCGACCAGUUCGUCCCCAAGACCAACAUAUGGGGGAGACCACCCGCCGAGUGCCUGGUGAGGGCAAAGCGAGCUCACUGGUGGAGAAGGAGCGCGGACAAGAUCAUGCCCCCGCUGGGUAAAGGAGAAUGGGACCUCUUACAGCGACUCAGCCGCGGUGUGCAGGCAGAAGGCGAAUGGGCCGUGCCUCGGCGACGGCAUCAUGCGUCGUCAGAGGUGCCUUCGUCGGCGGAGUCUGUCCAGGCUUGGAAAUGGCAAUCCUAUGCCACCACGCCCGUCGCCAGAAUCGAAAAGCCCAGAACCAUGCCACAACGACGCCGAACCGGACAAUGCGACACGGGUCCUUACGGUGGACAUGAGCGCAGCCAGCACGUCUCAAAUCGAUGGUUCCGCAGAGCCUACAAUAGGACGUGGCAGCUCACCCCGACUUUGGAGCAGGACCCAAACACACUACAGUACUCCCUCUGUUGGGGAACCACGACAUGCAACCUACCGGCCGCAACAACAGUCCAGCAGGGAGUUUUCGAAAGCGUGGACAGGAGAGGAAACAAACUCCGCAAAGAGCCAAAUGUUUGA